AAGCAGGGCUAUUACAGUAUGGCCUAUUACGCAUAGAUGGGUCUUAAAGAGGCAAGGGGAACCAAUCCAAAGAUCAGAUGAUUGAGUUCAGUUGAAAGAGAGACGAGACUAAGUAGGGCAGGGACACGUGCCCAGCUUCGUGUUAACCAGCAUAUGAUACCCGUCACUGAAAUAUAAAUGAAAAUAUCCAGGGUAUGCUCUCCUUUCACACGGACUCAUAGGCAUUCUACCCUUGUGUCACUUAACGUGUUUGAUUCGGAUGCUGAGUUCUCCUCAAGUGUAAGAAACAAUGAGCGGUUUAAUUAUUAUGGCCGAAAGCUGCUUGGGUGCAUUUACUGCGAUGGCAGUAAUUGCCUAUCGUUGCUUGGGCGAUGUGAUCAUGGAGAAGAAUUCGUUAAACUUGUUUUCUGGUUCUUUGAUCGCUAUUGGAAGCUCCAUGAUGACUGUUCAGGGCGCGGGGAUAUCGGUAAUGACAAGUCGAAUAAUUCAUGGGUUUGGAUUCGGUAUCAUAUUUUCAACCCUCCCCGCCUAUGUAUCGCAACCAGGCUUCUCCUUUCUGAACAGUAUUCUAAGAAGCUCUACUCAUAUAUCAAACACUUCCCUGGACGGGCAAUUCUCAACAUCACCACGAGGGUUUUAUCUCGGAUUGAUAAUCGUAGGAGUCAUAUUGCUUUGGAUGUUCCGGGACAGUCAUAUAUCCAAGAUACCAGAUGAAUCUGGCCAACAAGCUCCUGAAAGUCUACAGCCAAGCGUGGCACGCUUAGAGCAAAAUUCGCGGCGUUCCCUUUCCGCGGCCGGAGACAUGAUAGAGACAGAGCACGGCCAUCCCUACGACUAUUACUUUCGACCAGGAGACAUUCUUCGCCCUCCGCCAUCUCGUACCUUGCAAUCUCCGGAAUGGUUCCCCAUGCGCAAACGUUUGCUUUCUCGUUAUAUGGACGUGCAGCCUAUUCCAAAGCGCACACCCUUGGUGGAAAAAAUGCAAGAUCAUUUCUGGCAAGGCGAUGAAUACAUGGAUCCCGUCAUCAGCUUGGGUAAAAAGACGAGUAUGGGCAAGGUUCGAGCAAUGAUGCUCCAAGCCCUUUCCAACGGAAUCGAAUCCGUUCCCGACGCACCCCAAGAGAUCGUGAAUCUCUUCGAGCACCUGGAUCGAAAGCCGGAAUGGUUUGAUGAAGAGACUUUUGAGCGGGGCCGUAUCGUCCUUGCCAACUCUACUGGCCUCGGUCGGCUGACUGCGUUGGCUAUGAACUUCAUCAUUACAUCGCAGGCUUCUUCAGUGGCGAACGCCGUAGGAUCCACUGGCCAAUACACAAAUCCAAAGACGGUCAUGCGAAGGCAUUUGGAAACAGCGCAUUUUUUUCAUCGAGUCUCUUUGCCUCAAGGAUAUCACAGAUUUUCUGAAACAUUCCAGGAAAUUGUUAAGGUGCGAUUCAUGCAUGGCCAGGUGCGAUUUGCAGCCAGGAAGCGAUGGGGUGAGAAGGUAUUUGGUGAACAUGGUAAUCCUAUCUCGAACACCGACAUGGCUCUUGGAAUCACGGCUUUCGGCAUCCAGAAUCUUAUCGGCGACAGCGCUUUUGGCAGGGACUUCGCAACGAGCGAUCUUGACGCAGCAGUCCGUCACUGGGGGUACAUUGCUUACGUUUUCGGUGUUUCAGAGAAUCUCAUCCCUCUCAAUUUCCAAGAGGGUGUUGAGCAAUUUGAUUAUAUCCUUUCAACCCAUGGAAAAGCACCCGAAUGGUCCCCUGCUGUUGCAGACUCACUUCUUAUUGUUCCAGAAGGGGCUGUCAAUCUAGUCAGCAACCCUAUUCUCCGGGGAAUCUUGACUUGGACAGCAGUUCCUUUCUUUCACGGACUUCUCUAUUACUUUGGUGGUGACGACCUGAGUUACCGUGUCCUAUCAACGAGAUAUACAUCCCGAGUACGAAUGAGAAUCCAGGCUAUCUUUGCUGUAACGUUGGGCACCACUAUUAUCACCUUAACCACAGUAAUUGGUUCCCUGCCUGGACACGAAGCUCGAAUGAUAGCAAGAGCUUCUCGGGGGUCACCUACAGGUGAAUUUGCCCUACAUUUGAUUGGAAUGAUGGCCAGAAAGGCGGGGGUUCGCGAAGUUACAUUCGAAACGCAUGAUAUGACGAGUGUCAAUGAUUUCAAGCCAAUCCGGGCUUGA